UCCUCAAGCCGUUUUUGUCGUUUGGUAUUCUGAUAUUGGACCAUGGCGCUCUUUGUCUUUAGCUGGACGAAGAGAGAGUACAUUAUGACUCUUCUGUCAUUGAUAUUGCUGGCCAUCACGGCCAGUCAUCGGGAGUUCUUCCUUUGUAGGGAGACGUCCCUGAAUAGAGUGGAGAAGUUUGGGGUGUGGCUCGGAGUGAUGGAAAAACCGGAACCAUGUCCGGGAACAGAGGAUCUCCACAGAAUGCCCCUGGAGUUGGGAGCAUCAACACUGGUUGUGAUAGGAGCCACCUACGUGGUACCCUGGCUGUGGAGGCGGGUCAAGUCAAUGAUUGGUCAUGGUGUAAAACGAGUGAAGGAUGGGCUUCAAUAUGUAAAAUAUUGCUGGUACCAUGCAUGGCAUAUUCCCGGCGACACCGCUGUUGGUGAAAGUGAUGAUGAAUAUUACAGCCCUGCCUCUGACAUAGUCAUCGAUCCGGAUAGGGAUCCUACUAAGGACAGAGAUCCUCCUGGAGAUAGACGUCCUACUCCUGCUAUUGGCUCUACAUCUAGCAUCGAUUUUCCCUCUCACGCCGAUAUUGUAAGAGGUGGUUUCGAACCCACCAAAGAUGGCUCUUUUAAGUCACAGUAUCAGAUUCUCCACAAAGUCUACGAGAGAAAGCGAGUUAUUCUGUUUGUGAAACAGAACGAGGACUAUACCCAGAUCUUUGCCUACAGCCCCGUCACCAAGAAAUCCGUGCUCAAAUCUUUCUUCCCAAGCAAGCCUCGCUUUGGGGUACCUGGGUGGUGAAGUAAAAUCUCAAAAAUUCCGAAACUAGAGAAUUUUCUACAUUUUUCCCCAUCAUUGUUGAAUUUUAACUUCCAAAAAGAAACAAUGUCUGGAGUUUGCUAGUCGUCUCUGUACUUUUUUUGACUUCAAGUUUAAACAAUAUUCAAAAGGCAUGGAGUGAAGGGACAUGGUCACGAUUUGAACUGGAAAUUAGUUUUCUACUUUUAUUGUGUGCAAUCCUUUUUUUGUGUUAUUUUUAAUGGUAGGCCAAAAUUUGAAUGUUAGUUGUCGGGUUACAUGAAACAUACAGAAUUUGCAUUUCUUCGUUUUAUGUAAAAAAAAAAAAAAGGCUGGUGUCAUGUUUAGAAAAAAAAACCUUUAAAGUUUUAAGUGUUUCAAGAAUUUCUCUUCUUUAUUUUUUUUAAACACCAAUAAAUAAGUAACUAACGUUUGUCUCUUUCAAGUUUUGAUACGAAGUAUUCUCUUUUCAGCAUUCAGAGCCAUGUUUAAUUUACGAAACAAAGAGCCGUGAACUGUUUAUAUUGUUUAUAACUCGACAUAUGGCACCAGAAUUUUAGUUGAUUAUUAGAUUAUUCAAUAUAAAAUCAAGAACCAUGGACCAUGAACGUUAAUUAUUGAAUAUCAAAUUUAAGAAAUGUUAAUUUCAAACCAUGACCACGCCCCUUUAAUUAAUAUUUGUUAGAUGCUUCUAAGCUCUGGAAUAUCAUUUCCAUCGGAAAUAUUGGAUUAUGUUCCUGCAUUUUUUAAUAUGUGAAUUAAAUUUCAAUUUCUUCAUUAUACUUUAUGUAAUAUAUAAUAUGUAAUAUCUGUGCGAAGCAUCAUAAAUAAA